UCACCGCAAAUCAGUUGCCACAGCUGACCAAGCUCUGCUUAUCUGCUCCGCGUUUUGGAUGAUGGCGAGAGCCGCCACGCCGGCCCGGCGGCCGCCGAGCGCCAAGGCGGCGGCAUCUUCGCACCCCGCCGCGCCGGCGCUCCUUCCCAGUGGCCGCGUCAGCCUCGCCGCCCGCGGGGUCAGCUCGCGUCCGCACCCACCGGCCGGCACCCCAUCCGCCCGCCUCGCGCUUCCCGCGGCGCCUAGAGGCCUCCCAGCCCCGCCACGGAAGCGCGCGUGCGCGUGCUCGCCCACGACGCACCCGGGCUCGUUCCGCUGCGCCCUGCACAGGGGGCAAGGGCAAGGAGGCCGCCUCCCCUCCUCCGCGCCGGUGUCGAGCAGGCUGAGCGACGCGCGGCGGCCGUCGAUGGCCAGCCCGCUGGUGCGCAUCGCGGCAGUGGAGGGCGGCGACCACGUCAGGCGCGCGCUGGCGUCCCUCGUCCGCCCUCCCUGGCAGCAGCACCAUCGCCGCCGCGCCGCCUUCCACCCGCGGCCCAGCCGCCUCUCCGCCAUGUCCGCGGCAUCGGACGACGAGCCAUCGCCAUGACACCAUGAAGAUCUCAGCUUUCGAUUCCUCGCUGCACGCUUGCCGCGUCAAUUUUGUUGUCCACGUGUAAUUUUCAUUCCUUGAUUUGUUUUACCCCCUAGCACCUCUGCCUGCCACUCUGUUCUCCCAGGAGUCCGGACAUUUUGCAAUCUAGCAGAGGUCGCUCGUAUCUGAAGGCAUUGUACAUUACUACACCAGCUGUUCUUUUCUGGACGCCA